UUUUGAGUUUGGAGUCUCCUUUUCUCGGUCUCGCCUCGUUUCACGAAUCUCGUCUCUAUUCCUCAGGUCUUUUAGAUCGAUCGGAUCUGAAUCAUGGACGAGGAGGCAGCAAAACCUAGAGACACCACCAUAAACCAGCAACAACAAUACUAUUACGGAACGUUUCAAGGCGUUGCAAAUUAUCCUCCUCCCGCUCCGCCACCGCUUCCGCAUCAACCUAUUGUCACGAGUCCCUUGCUUCCUCCUGUACAUGGUCAUGGUGGUGGAUUUGUGAAUUACGCUCAAGGAUACCCUGUUGUUCCUGAAUAUACAGUGGUUGAGGUGAGACCGGUGAGAGAGCAUGACGUUCCUUGCUGUGGCUUUGGCAUGGGCUGGUUCUUGUUUAUUAUGGGCUUCUUGUUCGGUGGGAUCCCUUGGUAUCUCGGUGCUGUUAUUAUUCUUUUCACCUCAGUUGAUCAUCGCGAGAAGGCUGGUUACGUUGCUUGUUCUGUCGCAUCCGUUGUCUAUUUGAUUGCCGUCAUGCUCGGGAUGGCUGGGAAUAUUAACAUCAUCUGGUGACAGAUACUCCCUUACAUAUCACAUUUCAAUAACGUAUAUGCAUCAUCAUAACCAUAGUGAUUUACAAAAGCAAAUGUUGUUAUUCUGUGUUGUAUUUAUUUGUUUACAACAAUGAUCAAUAUGUUCUUGAUUCCUUUGAUGGCAUCUUCCUGUAGUAUAUUUUUGUGAUAAGCUUUGAUAAUCUUUACAAGCCUAUGUACUAUACAAGUUCCAAUGAAGUUGGAUGUGUUUCAAAGCA